AUGCCAAAUAGACCCUCAGGUUCAGAAGCAAAGGGUCGGAGCGCACUCCUUUCCGAUAUCCACAAAGGUGCACGAUUGAAGAAGGCCGUCACCAAUGAUAGAUCAGCACCUAUGAUUGCUGGUGGGGGAGCGAAGUCUUCAGGUCCGUCGGUCCCGGGCGCACCACCUGUUCCGGGCAUGGCGAAGCCUCCGGCUGGACUUGCACCUCCAAUUCCAACGGCACAGGCCGCAAAUCGGCUACGGAGCUACAGCGAUACUGGGUCAGGGGCGGAUGCAGCGGCGGCUGUUCCAGCAGCUCCCCAACUUGGCGGACUUUUUGCUGGAGGAAUGCCUAAGCUACGCAGUCGAGGCGGAGUUGAUACCGGCGCUACUCGGGAUUCACCAUACAUCUCCGAUUCGGAAAGCUCCAGAGGAGCUCCCCCGCCGCCGGUUGCGUCGGCCCCUAGGCCACCAGGGGCUCGCCCUCCUCCUCCCCGGCCUGUCACAGACUCACCACCAGCCCCUCCAGUCAACCCGCUAGUCGCCAACCUCCGGAAACCGCCUCCCAGGCCUGCCUUUCGCCCGUCGUCGACAGCUUCUACGGCAUCGAUCAAGUCCGCUCCUGACGCACCUCCUCGCGCACCCCCACCUUUGCCUGGUGCCGCUAAACAAGCUCCUCCUCCCCCGAUCACGUCGCGGAAACCCACGACACCCGCUCCAUCCCCGCCUCCGCCGCCCUCAGCUAGUCCAGCUGCGCCUCCGCCUCCACCCCCGCCGGCAGCGUCAGCCCCACGUCUACCCCCCGCACCGGCUAGAUCGACCCCUCCCCCACCGCCUCCGCCCUCAAAUGGCACUGCAGCUGCAUCGGCAGCCGUGCAAGCCGCCAGAAAUGCUCUCGGACACAUGCACCAAACUCCUUUCACGCCACCCCCGCCUCCACCAGCUGCCUCGGCGCCUUCAGCACCCCCUCCCCCGCCUCCUUCAUCUGCUCCCCCAAUGAUGCCUCCUACGGCGGCACCUCCACGACCAAGCUCAUAUGAGUCCUCAGCCAUACCCCACCCGGAUCGUUCCGCUCUUGAUCCGAGCGCUUAUACCCUCAGUAACGGCGGGCCGUCAGCGGGAUCUAGCUCUCGGAGUUCAGGCAUGCACGGUGUGGUGCGUAUUGAUGACCAUCGGUUCAAGUUUCAAAGCGAAGGGCUACUGCCCAAACCCCGGCCGUUUGUUGGCGGUGUACGCCGGUAUCGAGCUGGGCGAGGGAGCAGUGUGCCAUUAGACCUUAGCACAUUGAGUGGCUAA